UCCAGACGAAAAUCUGGACGGCAACCGGAAAGGCAGAUCGGUGGACUCUGGGGAGGAGGGCCAGGACCUCGAGUCCCGCCAGCCGCAGGGACAGAUGGGGAACAGCAAGAGUCACCCAGGACAGGAGCGCUCCUCGCGGUUUCUCCCCACGGAGCAGGCCGAGGUCAACAGGCUGUUCGAUGCUCUGUCGUCGGAGAAGCUUGGCUCCAGUGCCUCGCCCAGAUCCUUCUCUCUGCAGGCAUUGAAGGGCCAUGUGGGGGACGCUCUUCCCCCCAAGAUGGUCACCAGACUGUUCGAGGGCAUGCGGAGGGUGGAUGGCAGCGGGAAGGCAAAGGGGCCCAGCGAGCGCAUCUCCCAGGAACAGUUCACAGCGUCCAUGUCCCACCUGUUGAAAGGAACUGCCGAGGAGAAGAGUCUUGUGAUCCUGAACAUGAUUUCUGCCUCAGGAGGUCCCGUGAAAGCAAGAGAUGUCCACAAGUUUACAGAGGACUUGGUUGGCUCUGUGGUACACGUGCUAAACUACAGACGGCAGCUGCGAGGCUGGAGUCAGAAGCCACCCCCAGGCUCCCCAUCCAGGGUGCAGGUGCUGGCUGCCCAGCUGUGCUCCGAGAUGAGGCUUCAAGGUGGCGGGAAGCUUCUGGGCCCUCAGUGGCUGGACCGUGACUGUGACCGGGCCGUGCUUGAGGACUGGGUGUUCCGGGCCCACCACGUGGCCACGUUUCUGAGCCUGGUCAUCCACCAGGGCUUCCUCCUCCUGCGCUCGUCCCUUGAGCUGGCCACCCUGGUCCCUGAGCGCCAGGUGGACCCUCAGCGGGAGUUUGCCAGCAUCCUGGAUGUCCUGUCGGUCAUCUACAUCAACUCACACCUGCCCCAGGAGCGGCGGCUCCGCUGGCGCCUGCUCUUCGCGACUGAGCUCCACGGGAACAGCUUCGCCCAGCUCUGCGGGCACAUCGCACACGGGGGGCCCUGCCUGGUGCUGCUGGAGGACCGCGACGGGCACGUGUUCGGGGGCUUCGCCUCCUGCUCCUGGGAAGUCAAGCCUCAGUUUCAAGGGGACGACAGGUGCUUCCUGUUCUCCAUCUCCCCCAGCAUGGCCGUGUACACCUGCACGGGCUACAACGACCACUACAUGUACCUGAAUCAAGGGCAGCAGACCAUCCCCAACGGCCUGGGCAUGGGCGGACAGCACGGUUACUUUGGGCUGUGGAUCGACGUUGAUUUCGGGAAAGGACACAGCAAGGCCAAGCCCACAUGCACCACGUACGGCAGCCCUCAGCUGUCGGCCCAGGAGGACUUCCAGUUCCAGAAGAUGGAGGUGUGGGCGGUGGGAGACGCCCCGAAGGCAGAGCCGGUCAGGAAAACCAGGAGCAUUCUAGACAUCGACCCCGAGGCCCGGGCCCUGCUGGAAGCCAGUGGGCGGGGCCGCCACAGUGAAGGGCUCCGGGAGGUUCCUGAUGAGCAGUGAUGACAGCCGGCGCAGGCCACCCUGGAGCCAGAGCGCAGCCUGCCGACCCUCCUGCGUUCCACGGAGGCCUGACUUUGGUCCAGAGUGUGCGGGUCACAUCCUGGCGGUCCCGGCGGUGCCCAGUCUGCACAGAGUACAGUUUCUCUGUUGCCAUAUGUCCAUUGGCGGUGGUGUCUCCUCCGGAAUCCUGAGCAUACAGCUAGCAACCUGAUCCCUAGACUUGGCUCAUGCCCUAGGGAUGCAAUCCAAAGAGGACGCUGAGAUGUUGAGACUGGCUGGAACUGCCAUCUUUGGGGACUGGAGUUCUUGCAGUGGUGGUGGGGGUGAGGGGUUCGUUUCCACUCACUAGGGGUCACUGGGCCUCUGCUCAGGCCCCCCAGUUAAGAGCCUUGAGGCUCCAUUUCUUCUUGUCAAAGGCAGAGGUGCUCAGCUGGGAAUCCCUGUGCUUUGGGGAGUAACUUCCUUUGAUACGAAAUUUCUAUAUUUCUAAAAAAAAAUAAGCGUUAGCAGUGUACUUAUGGGGGAAAUAGGAGAUUUUGAAGGUGACAGUGACCUGGGUCUUCAGUAGGGUUGGAUGUCGGCCUUUCUCAGCUUUUUUAGGUGGGUCUGUGCUUGGAGCGCAUGGGAAGCCAGGAGGUGAGCAGAGCAGCAGCAUGGCGGUCCUGUUUCUGAUGUAAAUGUGGGCACACUCAGGGCCGAGGGUCGUGCUGAUACACGUGCGGCCUGUCGCAGGAGCUGGGGGCGAGUGACUCGACAGGACCGGCCUGGGCUCCUGGCCUCCAGCAUCGCUCCGUGCUGCCCCCCAGGGGAUGGUGUGUACCGCGGCCUUGUGGACUUGCCGUGAACAGUGACCCUGCCAUGCUAGCGGAGAUGUGGGUGGGCUGGGCCCUGUCCAGUCCAGCCCCGUCCCUCGGGGGUGGCCCAGAGAACAUCCUGACACACUGAGAAUCGAGCUCAGGGGUGUUGCAGGCUCAGCCCUAAGACACCUGCCUCUGUCUUCCCCUGCUCCAC